AUGAAUUUGUCUGGACUACACCCGCUGAUGCUCUUUGUAAUAGGUGUCAUGUUUGUAAAACAUGCCUUUUCAACUUUCACAGAAACAGUGUUAAGCGGGACUACAGUUUCUCUUCUGUGUUCAAACAUCCUGAAAGAGCCCAGUUAUAUGGCCUGGUUCAAGCAGACAGAUGAUUCUCUGCCACUCUGUAUUGUUUCUCAAUAUGUUGGCCCAAAUCCUGCUGACUCCAUAUAUUUGAAUGGAUUUCAGAAAACUCAUAUAGAGAUGUCAGUGAAUGCAACGUUUUCUACACUGAGGAUUAUCAGCGUGGAUGUUUCUGACUCUGGAAUGUUUUACUGUGGAAGUUUUAUCAAAAACCACAUGAAGUUUCACAAUCAAACACAGUUAGUUGUAGUAAAUGUGACAAAUCAGUUCAAGGAAGAAGAUCAAAAUACAGAUCAAAGAACAACUGAUCAGACGCCUACAUCCUGCUUUUUAUUUUGCACACUGACACUGAUCUCGAGCGGCUUCAUUUUACUUUCUACUGGUUUUGCUAUUGUAGUCUUAAUAAGGCUAAAGAAAUCAAGUAAGCAUAAAGGCAUGUGA